GUAAUUUCUUACGUAACUCCACGUUGGCGUCAAGAUGGCGAUCUGCUAACCGGUUUUAAUUUUUUUGCACUGCUUCUGAACCACUCUAGCUUCUGCUACACGACGGACUUGCUGUUCAGGGAAAAUGCCGGAAAGUCUAUGUCCCCGACAAAAUAUUUGCUUUAACUCCAGAGUAGGUUUCAAAAAAUGUAUCAAAAUAUCAUCUGAUAACAAAGCUAAGAAAAUGCACAAAUGUCGUUUGGAGACAUUUCAGAAGAAGCUUAUAAGCAACCACGAGAUGUUCCAAAUAGGUACAUAUCAGAGGACGCGUCCUAGCCGUCUUGAAAAGUACAACAUUAGGACAUGUCAAGGGAAGCUUCCAAGACGUCAUGAAAAGAGGCGAAAAAAAUGUCUGUUAAGACCAAAGAGUUUGCAGCAAAAUGAAACAGACUUUUUACUUUACAGGACUAUCCAAAGUGGUUCAAAAGAGAUUACCGCAGGCUCCUCUUCCACACUAGAAAAGAAAAAAGAUGAUCUAGCAAGGAAAGAUAUUUAUUGUAGCACUAGAAAUAAGACUCCAAGUUGUGAUUCUCAAAACUCAACAGUAUUACAGAUAUUUUCACUUCAGCAUGUACAUCACAACAUGGUACACGGUCCACAAGUUUCAAAUGGCAGUUUAAGGGUUAAUUUCAAUUAUGAAAUAGUAAGGCUCAGAACGUAUCACGUGUAUCCAAAAUGUGCCUUCCAAUUCGCUUUACUUUUGGCUCGUGACGGCUUCGUUUAUAUAGGCACUGGAUCAGAUGAUGCCGUCAUGUGUUAUAUUUGUCAUGUCAUUAAAAGCGAAUGGACUGAGUCAGAAGAUGUCACAUCCGUUCACAAGAGGAUGUCUCCUGUUUGCCCCAUGGCAAAUGCUACAGAAUGUGGCAAUAUACCUAUUGCUGCUGGAUCUAACACUGUUGAUGAGAUCCUUGCUAUUUUGGCAGAUGCUGAUUACAAUAAAUACCCCGCACAGAGUACAGCAUACUCUGAUGAUAGCAGAUAUAGUGAUGUAAAGCAGACUACAGAUAUGGAUGUCAAUAAAGAUAUACCCUCGUCAUCAUGUCUUUACGCAACAUCAAAUGCUUCCUUUAGUGAAAAUCCAACACUGUCGAGUCAUUGUCCCCAGAGUCAAGUGAACAAAACGGAAACACUGUCUAGUUUACCAAAAGAUGUAUGCCCACUCUGUCCAGCUCAAACUAUUAAAAAAGGCAGACAAUUGACUAGAGUGCCGUCAACGUCUGAGAACUUAAGGAGCUCCCCGCAAGCACACGGUGUGACCAGAAGAGAGCCUAGACACGAGCGCUGUGAAACAAGGAAUCAUAACACUGAAAUGUAUGAUAGAUCUGGCUCAACGAAGAGAAGAACAAUAUCAGCAAACUGCAUUCAUCUUAUGUCUUUCCAAUCUGAAACUGCACUGAAAGGAUAUAUUAAUGACAGAAGGCAAGUUACUCAAGGGGAACAAGCACAAUUACAAGAACACGUGCUGCAAUCACGAAGGAGUUACUCGGAACUGGGCAUUCAGACAGGAAGACCUAAGUUUCCUCAAUAUACAACGAAGGAGAGCAGAGCUAAGACUUUCACCAAUUGGCCAGACAUAUCCUAUGCAGACAAGAAACAUCUUAUUGAUGCCGGAUUCUACUUCACAGGUGAAGGUAAAACAGUCUGCUGUUUUUUCUGCGGAGGUGCUCUUGGGGAAAGACGAAAAAGGGAGCAUCCAUGGAUAGAACAUGCCAAGGCGUUUCCACAGUGUGGGUAUCUUCAGCUGCGCAUGGGGUCUGAUUUUAUUAAUGAAGUACAGAGCUCGAACACGACGGCGGAUACCUCAUCGUUAGCGUCUGUUUCAAGUUACUUUGAUGAACCAGACUCUCUUUUAAAUGAACCAUCCGUUAGAGUUUUACUAGACCACGGACUAGAUGAAAGUUUAACUCUGAGGGCAGCAAGUCGUGUUAAAUCUUUAGGAGGAAUGUUAUCUUCUGAUGCUAUCAAGGAAACGAUGGAAGAACUUUGUCAUCAGGAAGAAGAGACGACAGCAACCGUAUCACCUCAAGACCUGGAGGAAAUCAAGCAGUUGAGGAAAGCCAGCAGCAGCCUACGCCAGUUGGUGAUAUGUAAACUCUGUAAGAACAGUGAUGUUCAGGUGGCGUUCUUACCGUGCGGUCAUCUGGUCUCCUGUGUCGAGUGCUCCUUAAACCCUUCAUAUUGUCCGGAAUGCAGGAGUGAAAUCAUAGGAAUAAGACGUAUAUUCAUAACUGGAAAAUCUACAAAUAGACAGGGCCGGAUUUAAGUAUCUGGAGGCACAGGAGCAGGAUUUUUUUUUAAAUUUUAUUUUUUUUUAGUUUGUUGAGAUCAAGUAAGUACGGAGCUGAUUUUAGGUCAAAAUAUUGCAACAGUGCUACACGUGGACCCUUCUUAACCUAAACAAUGUUGUAAUUAGUAAGAUUGAAAGUUAUGUCUGUAAAAAUACGAAAAAAAAAUAUUUUGUAGAGAAAAAUGUUAAAGUUUCUGAUCCGUCAAAAUUCGAAUAUAAAAAAAAAUAUCUCGGGGGUGGGGCGUCUCGUACGGAGGUCCUGGGUCUUAAAACCGGCCCUGCAAACAGAACAGCUUUUGAUACAAAUACAUUACUAUCGUAAUAUGUCUUUUAGAAAACUUAUAUCAUCAUCAUCAUCAUCAUCAAACUCCAUUAGAGUGAGGGCUUGAGAGGCUCAAAUCCUCUCUUGCAAAAGCCCUGGACAGAAACCCUGCUGUCUUGCGUAGUGCAUGAAUGUCGCCAUACAGGUCGAGAAUUUUGGGUUUCCCAGACCUGUCGAGACGGAGAUCAGCAAGUCUGGGGCAGUCAAACAGAAUAUGAGGCACGGUUUCCUCUUCUUCCCCGCAGCGAGGGCACCGUGAAUCGAAAUUUGGCCAUAGCCGCGAGAAAUAUGAGCCAACAGGACAGUGGCCUGUCCUUCACUGUGCUAUAAUAGCUUGCUCAGGCCUGGACAGCCUCCACCACGGGGAAGUGCGGUCAGGGCGCCCCAUGCGCUCCCAGACUCCACGGGCUUUUUGGGACUUGUCCCAGCACUCAAACCACUUUUCCAUUUCUGUUUUUUGUAUUAUAGCCAGGGCUUGAUGAAAGCUUACAGCCUGAUCAGUGGGUGGAAUUUGCCCUCCCUGGUGGGCCAAAGAGUCUGCGAUUGUGUUGCCAGUCACACCUAUGUGACUCGGUACCCACUGCAUUAUUACAGGGGUGCCAUAGCGUUGUUUGAUGUUAUGUGAAGCCAUGAUGACAGUGUUGAUAUUGGGGGGCCAUGGUCCGGGGCUUUGCAAAGCAUGUAGUACAGAUUUUGAGUCAGUGACCACAACAUUCUGUGUUGCCCUCAAAUGUCCCUCGCCGAGUUGAGAGUCAAUGACUUUUAAGGCUUCACAGACUGCCAUGGUCUCCGCAUCAAAACUGCAAACACUACCACAUGGUCCAAAGAUUUUGACUGUUUGAGAGCCAAGAAAGUCGAUGUAGGCUCCAUAGCCUGCUCUUCCAGAAUCUAUUGAUGCCGAUCCAUCAGUGUAUGCAAAAAUAGCACUGGGCUUGAAGGUAUUAAUGGUCUCCAGAGCUAGGAUUUGAAGGUCGUUAGAUGAACGGCUUUGCUGAGUGGCAUUAGGGUCUACUAAUUUCAAGCGUAUGUCUGGGGUUGUUGGGCGACACCAAGGGGGAAGGGGAUCAAAGCGUUGAAUGUUUUGUCGGUUGGUGGAGAGGCCAGCUUCAUCAGAUAGUCUAGUGGCAUGAUGCAUAAAAGACUGCAUCUGGAUACGUCUUCUGCAUCUCCAACCAUCCACUAGUUUUCUAGCUGGGAGGUAUUCAUCCAGCCUUUUAUACCGCUCAUAGCAGGUCAGUACUGACCUUUCCCUCCUAAGGGUUAGUGGAGCUAUAUUAGCCAUUAUUUCAGCCGCAUUCACUGGACUUGUCCUAAAGGUUCCACAGACAAAUCUUAGUGCUUGGGACUGUAUUUUAUCAAGUUGUUCAAGAGCAGUCCUAGAAAACUUAUAUAAACCUACUCUGUCAGUCUGUCUGUCUGUUAAAAAGGUUGUACAUGUUAUUUCUCCCAAACCUAUGGCUAUCUGGUUGUGCGGUUUGCGCGCUGGACUGUCUUUAGGAUUUAUCAAUGGUUCCGGGCUCAAACACUGCCAGCUCCCAUCCCCCGUCGUCCUGUGGGAGGUUUGGACUGGGAAAGAAAUGGUCUUCAACUCUGGAAAAACACCCGAAACAUGUGAAGCCUUUUACAAACAUUGACCCAUUCUCGGAUUAAGAUGAAACUUAACGUAGUUAUUCAUUAGCAUAUACAAAACAUGAAUUCAUAAAAA